AUUUUUAGGUUUGCAGACCAUUCUAUACAUGGGUACAUUGCAUAAAUGGCAUGGGAUUGUUUGGAUCAUGCUUGGCCUACAUAUAAGAGUAUCCCACGGGAGGUUGUCAAACAAUGGUUUGCGCGUUUUAAGACUCGUUAUCGGUGGAAUUCACAAGAAGAAGGUGCUAAGGUUGAGAGAGAAAAUGGAAACCAUGCAAAUCGAGAUGCAAGCUAAAUUGGAUUUGCAAUUAAAAGAAAUAGAAGCUGAAAUGGAUGCACGAUUUCAAAUAAGACAACAUGAAAUGGAUGUGCGACACGCUCAAUUAGAAGAACAAGUUGCGGUCAUUUUGAGAAAGUUGAACCCAUCGGGUAAUCCGCCUAAUAGUUCCUACUUUUAUGAAUGUUAA